AUGUUUGAUUUUAUAAAAAAAGCCCCAAAUCUCCUAUGGCUUCAAGCAGAAGCCCUAGAAACGACGACGAGCCAAACGAAACCGGAGCCGCCUUCCGCCUCGAACAUCGUCUCCUCUCAACCACAGACGACGCCUCGGAGCGCAAGUUUUGUUCCACGGGAACUGAGUAGUGGACGGAAAUGCUGCCUUCGAAUGAGAUCUGCUGCUGCUGCUGGUGCUCUUGGUAGAUUAGCAGCCGAUGAUGUGGUUGCAGACGAGCAAGGGCUUCGUGGAAUCCCGAUCUCUCAGGCGUUCGCCGAUGAGGCCCCGGCAGCGAGAUUUGCUUAA